AUGGCCUGUGAGGAUAGGUCAUCCGUUUGUCGACCGUUAGCUCCGCGUCCAUCAGACUUUCGUUUUGGCAAGGAGAUUGGCCAAGGUUCCUUCUCUACUGUCUAUGUCGUACGAGAAGUCGCGACCAACGCGGAGUUCGCCAUGAAAGUAGUGGACAAACAGCAUGUGCGGCGGAAUCGUGCUGUUGAAUCAGUCAUAAUGGAAAAAGAAGUGUUGAAACGGACAAAUCAUAUUUUUAUUAUUCGCUUAUAUUACACAUUCCAAGAUGAGUCUCGCCUGUUUUACGUGCUCGAGUACGCACGUGGUGGAGCGUUGCUUGACUAUCUUACUCGGCUUACCUCGUUUGAUAUACCAUGUGCUAGGUUUUACGCCGCGGAAAUUUUCAUUGCUUUGGAGUAUUUGCAUAAACAGUGUAUCGUUCAUCGCGAUCUGAAGCCCGAAAAUGUGUUAUUGACUGAGAAUAUGCAUAUCAAACUGGCGGAUUUCGGUUCAGCAAUCAUUCUAAACGAUUCUAAAGUAAAAGCUCCUUCAUUCACAGGUACUCCGGAGUAUGUGAGCCCUGAAAUGUUAUCCCCUUGUUCCAGAAUUGAUGAAGAUGACGAUGAAGACAAUGAUGAAGCGAAACAAACAAAAACGGAGCCUAAUCCCUAUUCAUAUGAAGAAACGGCUUAUUUGAUGGAUUAUUGGGCUUUCGGUUGUGUUAUCUAUCAGUUCCUCUCAGGCCGGCCACCAUUUCGACCCGAACGCAACGGGCACGCUUACGAAACGUUUGGGAAGAUUCUCAAUUUAUCCUACUCCUUUGCGGACGGAUUUGAUCCAGUAGCAAAAGACCUAGUGAAACAACUUCUUGUCAUCGAUCCUUUAAAGCGCUUGGGGAGUCCAGCGAACGGAAAUGGUCCGAGGGCCAUACAGACACACGAGUUUUUCCAAGGUAUUGACUGGGAUACCCUACCGAAUCAAAAUCCACCUAUUCUGCAUCCGAAUGUGGAGCCCAUAGCUCCUGCCGGUUGGGAUACAGCUCCUCAAGGUUUUAAGGAAAUCGAAAAGUUUCUUACAUCAAAUGAGUUGGGUUUGAGUGCCUCGCAAGUGACCGAUAAUGAGCGACCCAAAUUACUUGCAUUGCAAGAACGUCAGAAUCCUUUCCAUCGGUUUGUCCGUAAUCGAUUAAUUAUUAAGCAAGGCAUUCUGUUUAAACGACGCGGUUUGUUUGCUAGGAAACGGAUGUUUCUUCUUACAGAAGGUCCACACUUGUUCUACGUCGAUGUGGAUUCCAUGAAUUUGAAGGGGGAAGUUCUCUGGUCCAGCUUUCUUACUCUGGAACAGAAAAGUGACAAACUUUUCUUCAUAAUCGUUCCGAAUCGCACUUAUUAUUUGGAAGAUCCGUCAGGCAAUGCAUCAGAUUGGGUGGAACAAAUCUCGGCUGUUCAUAGCAUUUAUUUUUCAGACAAGGCUAAUGAAUCAAAAACUUCACCAUCACAGGACUCAUUAAGAACCUCAGAAGAUAUCAUCACUUGA